GAUAAAUCCCACAGCAUCUAGCAGCAUAAUUCACUAUCUUCUCAUCUACUAUUAUAAAUCGCUGCUUUAUCUAAGAAGCCCAUUCUUGCUCUUAACCCACCAUGAAAUUCCUACCUGCCAUUUGGUUGAUUUCCCUCGUUGCACCUUCAACUGCAACCUGGUGUUUUUCAAACGCCAAUACUUGCCCAAAAGAAUCAUACAAGGGCCAAGCGACCUCGAAGUGCUGUGACAAGAUCGAGGUGCAUAACCACGACAAUGGUUGCUGGGUUGAAGGCGCCCUCUGGGAGCAGUUCCGAGACUGCUGCAUACACGACUGGGGCUGCAGCGGUGUCACGGAUUAAAUAUUGAAGAUAUUUAAUCACUAAAUUCAGAGCCAUUUCUUUUAAGAUUAUCCAAGUUACCGCUUCCUAGCUCCAUGAUAAGAAGCAAAGUAGCUCAGAGGGGGUACAAUGUCCAAUAUCUCUUUGUAUGGAUGAUUUAGGAGGCUAUUAUGGUUGAUUGGUCCCUUUGGUCAUUGUAUAGAGCUCCAUGAAAGAUCUUGUCCUUACUGAUAUCAUUCUGGCCACUGAGGAGAAAUGUUGGAGUAUCUAAAGUCAUAAAUAAAUGGUAGUUAUUACAACAGCUAUUUCGCA